UCAAAUUUGCAAACAAGUCGACAAGACAAGAAGGACAAUUGAAGAGAGAGGAGAGAGAAAAUGGAUAGGGUAUUUUCAGUGGGUGAAAUUUCUGACCAGUACUGGUCGUCGCAAACGGCCGCCGCUCCUCCGCCGCCGUCACGGCCACCGGCCAUGGCGGCCGAUGUAGGCUCCAAAAUGAACCGUAGCGCAUCGGAGUGGGCCUUCCAGCGGUUCCUUCAAGAGACCUCCGCCUCACCACCUCAUUCUUCUGCUCCAGACCAUGGCGAAGUCAUCGAGAUCAAGGACUCUGCCCUCAAUCAAUCUCAAAAACUCAAUGCUAAUCACGAUCGUAUUAGUAAUUGUAAUAGCGGCAGCAUUUAUACCAAUGCUGCUCCCACGACGACGGCCGAUAAUGGCGCCGCUGCACCGCCGAAUAUUCCGAUCGAUUCUGAGGAAUACCAGGCUUUCCUUAAGAGUAAGCUUCAUCUCGCUUGUGCUGCGGUCGCCUUGAAGAGGGGAUCCUUUACAAAGUCUCAAACUUCGUCCACCUCAGCUGACUGUGGAUCACAAGCAUCUACUACGUUGGGAAUUCAAGCUUCUAAUAUAGGAGCUGAGAAUAAUUCAUUAAGGUCACCAGAUAAGGAUAUAAAUGGAGUCCUUGGAGUUACUUCCUCACCCUUGGUGCCAAAAAUUUCUGAGGUUCGAGCUCGGUCAGCUACUAGUGGAUCAUCGAGAGAUCAGUCAGAUGAUGAGGAGAUUGAGGGAGAAACUGAGACAACUGAGAAUAAGGACCCUGCGGAUGUAAAACGUGUAAGGAGAAUGCUUUCAAACCGAGAAUCGGCUCGACGAUCAAGGAGAAGAAAGCAAGCACAUUUAACUGAACUUGAGACACAGGUUGCUCAAUUAAGAGUUGAGAAUUCUACCCUGUUGAAGCGCCUUGCCGAUAUAAGCCAAAAGUACAAUGACGCCAGCGUCGAUAACCGGGUUCUAAAAGCUAAUGUCGAAACAUUAAGAGCAAAGGUGAAGAUGGCUGAGGAGACUGUCAAGCAAGUUACUGGUAACCCAAUGUUCCAUGCCAUGUCUUCGAUUUCCUCUAUCGACAUCUCUUCGUUCAAUGGUAGCCGAUCCGAGACAUCAACAGAUGCUGCUGUUCCCGUGCAAGACGAUCCAUGUCGCAUAUAUCAACCUGCAUCAAACAACCCCGUGGGCGCACGUGACAUAAGAGUCAACAAUGGAUUGGCUGGCAUUUCACAAGUAGACAGUGGGCAGCAGAGUUCUCCAUCUACGGUACCGCCAGCCGUGUCGGGGAACAAGAUUGGAAGAUCCAAGUCUCUGCAGCGAGUGGCUAGCUUGGAGCAUCUGCAAAAGCGGAUCUGUGGAGCCCAAGCAAAUGGAGAGCAGUAGAUAAACAGGCAAGAACUGGAGAUGGCCCUUGCACAUAUGAAAGAUUUUUUACCUCAUGAGUUGAAAAUGAGAGCUUUAGUUCUGGUGAUUGUUGCAAAAGAUUCUUACUUCUUCAUGCUAACGACAUUGGUAUUGACCAUUUGUACUGUUAAUUCUGUGGCCUCCUCCCAUUUAUCAUGAAUCAAACAGGUAAUUAUCAAUGAUUGAAUUAUGCACUCUUGUAUUUUCCCCUUAAA